AUGACUAUUAAUAUCGACAAACAACAACCUAUUAAAAUAAGUUCUAAGAAACUUGCUCAAGAUUUUUUGGAUAAAUAUGACACUUUUUUAUUCGAUUGUGAUGGUGUUUUAUGGUCAGGUUCCAUCUUAUUACCUAAGGUCAAGGAAACUUUAAAAUUGCUAGCCAAGUUGAAUAAACAGUUAAUUUUUGUCACCAACAAUUCUACCAAGUCUAGAAAGAAUUAUACAAAGAAAUUUGCUAGUUUUGGCAUUGAUGUGACAGAAGAUCAAAUUAUUGGAUCAAGUUAUGCAACUGCCACUUACAUCCACAACGUAUUGAAAAUGCCAACUGUUGGAACCAAAAUUUGGAUUGUGGGAGAAAGCGGAAUUGAAGAGGAAUUAAAACAAUAUGGUUACGAAACUAUCGGUGGAAGUGAUGAAAAGUUAUUGGAAGAAUGGAAUCCCUCCACCACACCAUUUUUACCGCUAGACCCUAAUGUUAAGUGUGUUGUUGUCGGUUUAGACACAAAGAUAAAUUAUCAUAAGUUGUGUAUUGCAUUUCAAUAUUUAACCACUGUCCGUGAUAAUAAAGAAACCUUAUUUAUUGCAACUAAUAAUGAUAGUACUUUUCCAAGCCACAAUAUGAUUUUACCAGGUGUUGGUUCGAUAGUAGAAUCAUUGGUAACAAGCACUGGUAGAAACCCUAUUAUUUGUGGUAAACCAUACACUCCUAUGCUGGAUGCCCUUUUCGAGGCCAAACCUAACUUAGUUAAAGAAAGAUGUUGUAUGGUUGGCGAUAGAUUAAAUACUGAUAUCAAAUUUGGUAUUGAUGGUAAACUAGGAGGUACUUUAUUGGUUUUGACCGGAAUAGAAACUGAGCAGAAUUUGUUGUCUGAAAACACCGAUGCAUCAGAAUUGCCUAAAUAUUAUGCUAAUAAAUUGGGUGACUUAUAUGAAUUAAUUGAACCCUUGCUUCAAUAA